UCAGCUUUGGAUACACUCCUAAAAGUAACAUUAAAAACCGAUUGCAUUCGAUAUCGAUAUUCGGAUCUACCAGAUUGAUAUACUAACUUGAUAGAGUGCCAGAGUGAAUGUCGUCCAUUCACGACGCGGUCUGGGUCUUUCUGUUAAAGUGUGUCCUCCCACGUACUCCAACACAUUUAAAGCAGACAUAGAUUCACGGAUACAAGUUCCAAGAUACUUCAUUACUUUUAUAACAAAAGUAAGAUGAUAUCUGUCACAAGCUCCGGCAAUUGUGUUUCUCAUUGGGUGAAAGCAAAUUAGUGCAACUGAUUUCUGUGUUUGACAUCAAUGACAACCUUUCUGAAAAGUGGUUUUAGUGGCCGGUUUCCAUCUGCAUGAUCUGAGUGAAUUCCCCGAUACUAACAUCUUCAGUUACGAUCGAAUGCAUCCACGGUGAGGAGGUAUACCAACCUGAGCAGAAGUUAAGGAGUUUAGCGGAACGGAGUGAGAAGCUGUCGGGGGAUUAGCGGGCCAGUAUGGCGACUAAGCGGUCUAUGAGCGUGAUUAAAUUAGUUGAAGAUGAGGAAUUCCCAGCGAAGAAAGCACUUUUUCAUAGUAACAUGAGUGAUGGUGAGAGUGCCGAAACUUCGUCCGACGAGGAACACGAAAUAGAACUUGAAAGCAGUGCCAUCGAUAAUGAAAUUAGGAAGACAGUCGUUGUGAACAAAGAUGACGGUGAAAUGCACAAGAAUAAGAAAGAUGAACCAACGAAAACAACUGGCAAAAAGACUGUAGCGCAAAUGGUGAAGGACAAGAAGAAACAAACCGCUCUAACCUUACAAUGGCUGGAAGAGAAUUACUGUAUAUGUGAUGGCGUAUGCCUACCACGAUGCAUACUCUACUCACAUUACCUGGACUUCUGCAGAAAAGAGAGUCUGGACCCAGCUUGUGCUGCUACGUUCGGCAAGACAAUUCGACAAAAGUUUCCUAAUUUGACAACAAGACGACUUGGAACAAGAGGGCAUUCAAAAUAUCAUUACUACGGUAUCGGCAUCAAAGAGUCAAGUGCUUAUUAUCACACUGUGUAUUCUACAAAAGGACUAACCAGAUUUUCUGGAGCAAGAUUAAAGAGCGAGGGCGGUUUCACCCGGAAGUAUUCCUUGUCAUCCAAGACAGGGACACUCCUACCAGACUUUCCGGAUGCUCAGCACAUGGCUCUUCCAUUCGCUCUGUCUGCUGAGAGGGUUGACACUCUUCUUGUGAUGUACAAAACACACUCUCAGUGCAUAUUAGACACAAUUAUUAACUCCAGCUUUGAUGAGAUCCAGAACUUUCUGCUGCAUUUCUGGCAAGGCAUGCCCGAUCACCUUCAGCCGUUGCUCGAUAACCCGAUCAUGAUCGAUCUCAUCUGUAUCUGCGACUCCAUACUCUACAAGACUGUGAUCGAUAUUCUUAUCCCAGCUACCAUGCAGGAAAUGCCUGAAAGUUUACUGACGGAUAUCCGACGUUUCACUCGGCAAUGGGAGAUAUGGAUGACGUCAUCACUUGAAAACCUUCCAGAUGCGCUCAAAGAGUCUAAGAUCACAGUGGCUAGACGUUUCGUCCAGUCGCUUAAAAGACAAUCAUCGUUCCUUCAUUUAGCUCAGACUGCUCGUCCAGUCCUCUUUGACCAACAGCUCGUAGAUCAGAUGAUCGAGGAUCUUGAGAAGGUUGAUCUUUGUUCUAUCGGAUCUCAGGCAAUGCUGUCAGUCUCCCAAGAUGAAGCAGAUUCCGAAUUGAACACAGAAUUUCUGAAUGACUUCAAGGAACUUCUGAAGAAGCAGGCGACGGUCGAGGCCUUCACAGAAUGGCUGGAUCAGGUCGUUGAGUCAAAGGUCAUCAAGCCAAGCAAACAGAAUGGGCGGUCAUUCAAGAAGCGAGCCCAGGAUUUCCUGCUGAAAUGGUCAUUCUUUGGAGCUAGAGUGAUGCAUUCAUUAACAAUCAACAACGCCCAGAGUUUUGCUUCUUUCCAUUUGAUACGAAUGCUACUGGAUGAAUAUAUUCUGCUAGCUGUUGAGAGUCAGUUCAACUCUGAAAAGGACAAUGACCUUCAAAAUCGACUCGAAAAACACAUGAAGGCAUCAGGUAACAGCCAGAGACCUCUUUCUAAUCCAGCUGGGUCAUGUUUUCUCGCUAACCGCAAUGGCUUGCCAAGACAGCAGGCUGGCCUCAUAGACCAGCCGCAUUGUAAGCGGGAAGACAUGAUGGAUCACAACCGCAAUGCACUCUAUCCUGGACAUAUGGGAUCCUUGGGGCCUGGGGAAAGAGACUACCUCAUGCCAUACGGAACGACUCCGCCUCAUCAUUCCCUCGGAUCCCGCAGCAACCCGAUGUUGACUCCACCCAUCUCGCCCAUCGUGAUGCGCAGCUCUGUCAUCAACCAAACGCCGUUACCGCUGGCACCUCAUGCAGGCCCCGCCCAUAACCAGCCAUUCAUGCCGUCCACAUCACCACAGACCGGUUUCCCGUACAUCAAUCACAUUCAGGGGCAGGAACCCUAUCUCACCUCAGCUAGGACCCCAAACUACAUGGCCCCGUACCCAGCAUCAAACUACUACCACCAUCCUACUGUAUUUCCACAGGGCUACAACAACUCCCCUUAUUAUUCACGGUCACAUGACUCCAUGGAUACAGGGGGAGUAGCUUAUCCAGAUUCCUACCCACAUCGAGAUGACCGUUACUAUGGCAGCUGCACAAUGGGUGGGGAAAGGCAGGAUGUUGGGGACUCCUCCUUUUCUUACGCUAACGGUUAUAACCAAGCUUAUUACCAUCCAAGCCAGACAGAAAAUCAAAACAAGCAAGUUGCAGAGAGAGUCUCAGUCAUCACCAGCAAUUCAUUCAGCAACCCCGCUACCAGACCGGAUCAUCAGUCGAAUCCUCGCUCAGACAGCUACGAACAGGAGAUGCGAUCCUUUGAGUAUGCCAGCCAAAACAGCGAACAAAUCCGCCAGGAACACUUUGGUAAUGAGGCGCACAAUCUUGGUAUGUUGGAAGCCAAUUGUGGGGAGCAGGGAAAGAGUCUUCAAGAAAGCUUCAUCAACCAAUCAUCAUUCCAAGAUCAAACCCAUCCAAAUUACCCUAUGGGCAGCAAUGGACUAGACCCAAGCCAAACUGGCUCCAGUGUGACUUCACACCCCUAUGGACAGCCAGGGAUGUACCAUUCAAACAACAGGGAAGCAGCACACGCACUGUCACAGAGGGACCAUUUGGAAACAACCACUACUCAUCAAUUAGGUGUAACUACGUCCCUUAGCGAGAGUGGACAUGAACCGCCCCUGCCUUCAAUAAACACGGUUUUCAGCCUCUAACAAAUUUUAAUGAAUAAAAGAAAUCUAGUAAGUUUAAACAAGUCAGUUGUCAGGUUUCAUGGGAAAGUUGACAUUGCUAUGCAGGGUGCUAGAUAAAUUUUUAGAAACACUUGCCCUAUCAGACAAGUAAAUUUUUAAAAAGUUGGAAUAUACUUGCCCCAAAAUCUAAGUUUUACCUCUUCAAAAGAAAGUAUUACGGUUUUAUAAUCCAUUGACCUUUCUUUUCUGUUUUGUCAUGAACUGAUGUACCUUGUUAUUGCAUUUCUUUUCCCAAAGUGAUUUUAUCUUGCCCGCCAUGACCAAAUUUAGGGUCGAUACAUUGUAUCGACCCUAAUUUUGGUCAUUCCACUCUGAGAAAUUUGUUGCCCAAUUUGGGCAAGUCGUGUCGGUCUUUACUUCAAAACACUUGCCCGACUCUAACUUUUACUUGCCCCGGGCAAUCCGGCACGUGCUUAUGUAGCACCCUGCCAUGUACACAGUUUCUAGCCAACGUAGGGUACUCUGAAAAUGGUUGUCAGGAUAACCAUCUGAAAUACAUACAUGGACCGGUAUGCUAAACUCUGGUUUGAUUCAAUCUCUGGUCCAAAAAUGUCUUCAAAAUACAAAUAGCAAAUAGGCAUGACUGGGAUGGUGCAUGAUCUCGCAUGAGGUGAACAGAAGAUGCUCUUGCUGAUGUGGUUUACUGUACACCAUGUGGAGUGUUAUA